CGAGACCCAGUCGUGGUCCCGCCCCUGGCGGAGAGACCGGUCCCCGGGCAGGUCCCGGGCACCGAGCAUGCACAGACUCCUCCAAUAACUGCUAAGAGCCCCUUGCCUUGCUAGCCCGCGCAGCCAUGGCCGGGGGCCGUGGGGCCCGCGGGCGCGGCCGAGACGAGCAGCCGGAGAGCUACCCACAGCGCCAGGACCACGAGCUGCAGGCCCUGGAGGCCAUCUACGGCGCAGACUUCCAGGACCUGCGACCGGACGCGUGUGAAUCGGUGAAAGAGCCCCCUGAAAUCAAUUUAGUUCUGUACCCUCAGGGUCUGACCGGUGAAGAAGUAUAUGUGAAAGUGGACCUGAGGGUUAAAUGCCCACCAACCUAUCCAGAUGUGGUCCCCGAAAUAGAGUUAAAGAAUGCCAAGGGUCUGUCCAAUGAAAGUGUUAAUUUGUUAAAAUCUCGCCUAGAAGAAGUGGCCAAAAAACAUUGUGGAGAGGUGAUGAUAUUUGAACUGGCCUACCACGUGCAGGCGUUCCUCAGCGAGCAUAACAAGCCCCCUCCCAAGUCCUUCCACGAGGAAAUGCUGGAGCGGCAGGCUCAGGAGGAGCAGCGGAAGCGGCUGGAGGCCCAGCGGAGAGAAGAGGAGGAGCAACGUGAAAUCCUUCAUGAGAUUGAGAGACGGAAAGAAGAGAUCAAAGAAGAGAAAAAGAGGAAAGAAAUGGCUAAACAGGAACGUUUGGAAAUUGCUAGUUUGUCAAACCUAGAUCACACCUGUCGGAGAGAUCUGGGGGCACACAAGCUCGCUGCCAAUCUGCAAGGGGGCUCCCCUGACCUGGCAGGAAAUGGUAAACAUCGAACCAGCUCCUCAGGAAGGGCUCGGCGAGACCGUCAGUAUUCUCUCUGUAGUGGUGAAGAUUCUCCUGGCUCCUAUGAAAUCCUGUAUUUCUCCGUGGGUGGUCCAGACCCACUCCUAGUGCACAAAGGGAAGUGUAUUGGCAGUGAUGACCAGCUUGGAAAAUUGGUUUACAAUGCUCUGGAGACAGCCACGGGAGGCUUUGUCCUAUUGUACGAGUGGGUGCUUCAGUGGCAGAAACAAAUGGGUUCUUUCCUAACGAGUCAAGAAAAAGAAAAGAUUGAUAAGUGCCGGAAGCAGAUUCAAGGGGCAGAAGCGGAAUUCAACUCCCUGGUAAAACUGAGCCAUCCCAAUGUGGUACGCUACUUUGCAAUGAAUCUCAAAGAACAAGACAGCUCCCUCGUGGUGGACAUCCUAGUGGAGCACAUCAACGGGGUCUCCCUGGCAGCACACCUGCGCCACACAGGCCCCCUCCCCGUGCACCAGCUCCGCAAGUACGCAGCUCAGCUCUUGUCGGGCCUGGACUAUUUGCACAGCAAUUCUGUGGUGCACAAGGUCCUGAGCGCCUCCAGCGUCUUGGUGGACGCAGAGGGCACCAUCAAGAUCACAGACUACAGCAUUUCUAAGCGCCUCGCGGACAUUUGCAAGGAAGACGUUUUCCAGCAAACCCGCGUGCGGUUCAGUGACAGUGCCCUCCCUUACAAGACAGGCAAGAAAGGGGACGUGUGGCGCCUCGGCCUGCUGCUGCUCACCCUCAGCCAAGGACAGGAGUGUGGGGAAUACCCCGUGGUCAUCCCUCACGACCUGCCCUCGGACUUUCAAGAUUUCCUCAAGAAGUGUGUUUGCUUGGAUGACAAGGAAAGAUGGAGUCCUCAGCAGUUAUUGAAACACAGCUUCAUAAAUCCUCAGCCCAAAAUGCCUUUACAGGAACAAAGUCCUGAAGAUUCUGGAGGACAAGAUUACGUGGAGACCGUGAUCCCCAGCAACCAGUUGCCCAGCGCUGCCUUCCUCAGUGACACCCAGAGACAGUUCUCCCGAUAUUUCAAUGAGUUUGAAGAAUUACAGCUUCUCGGCAAAGGGGCUUUUGGAGCCGUCAUCAAAGUGCAGAACAAGCUGGACGGCUGCUGCUACGCGGUCAAGCGCAUCCCCAUCAACCCUGCCAGCCGGCACUUCCGCAGGAUCAAGGGUGAGGUGACCCUGCUGUCGCGCCUGCACCAUGAGAAUAUCGUGCGCUACUACAAUGCCUGGAUCGAGCGGCACGAGCGGCCCACGGGUCCCCCGGGCUCUGGGCCCCGGGCCCCCGAAGGGCCGGCUCUGCCGCAGCUCCUGCCGGACCAGACCACCAUGGACAGCGUGGAGGCCGCCGCACCACCACCCAUCCUCAGCAGCUCAGUGGAGUGGAGCACCUCGGCCGAGCGCUCGGCCGCCGCCGGCCCCGGCUCCAGCAGCGACGAGGACGAGGACGACGAGGACGAGCACAGUGGGGUCUUCUCACAGUCCUUCCUACCUGCUUCAGAUUCUGAAAGUGAUAUCAUCUUUGACAAUGAAGAUGAGAACAGUAAAAGCCAGAAUCAGGAUGGAAACUGCAAUGGAAAGAGCAGUCAGCGGGAAAGUGAGCCGUCGGGGACCACUGGGGCUGUGCACUACCUCUACAUCCAGAUGGAGUAUUGUGAGAAGAGCACCCUGCGCGACACCAUUGAUCAAGGAUUGUACCAGGACACUGUCCGACUCUGGAGGCUUUUCCGAGAGAUUCUGGAUGGAUUAGCCUACAUCCACGAGAAAGGAAUGAUUCACCGUGAUUUGAAGCCUGUCAACAUAUUUUUGGAUUCUGACGACCAUGUAAAAAUCGGCGAUUUUGGUCUGGCGACAGAUCAUCUAGCCUUUGCUGCUGACGGCAAACAAGAUGACACCACAGAGCACCCGCUUAAGUCUGACCCUUCAGGGCAUUUGACUGGCAUGGUUGGCACUGCUUUGUACGUAAGCCCAGAGGUCCAAGGAAGCACCAGAUCUGCGUACAACCAGAAAGUAGAUCUCUUCAGCCUGGGAAUCAUCUUCUUUGAGAUGUCUUAUCACCCCAUGGUCACAGCCUCAGAGAGGAUCUUUGUUCUCAACCAACUCAGAGAUCCAACUUCGCCCAAGUUUCCAGAAGACUUCGAUGAUGGAGAGCAUACAAAGCAGAAAUCUGUCAUCUCUUGGCUACUGAACCACGACCCCGCCCAGCGGCCCACAGCUACGGAGCUGCUGAAGAGCGAGCUGCUGCCACCACCGCAGAUGGAGGAGUCGGAGCUGCACGAGGUGCUGCAGCUGACCCUGGCCAACGCCGAUGGCAAGGCCUACCGCACCAUGAUGGCCCACAUCUUCUCCCAGCGCAUCUCGCCUGCCAUCGACUACACCUACGACAGUGACAUCCUAAAGGGCAGCUUCUCCAUUCGAACAGCCAAGGUACAGCACCAUGUAUGUGAAGCCGUCAUCCGCAUCUUCAAAAGACACGGAGCUGUUCAGUUGUGCACCCCACUCCUCCUGCCCCGAAAUAAGCAGAUCUAUGAGCACAAUGAGGCCGCCUUGUUCAUGGACCACAGCGGAAUGCUGGUGAUGCUUCCUUUCGACCUGCGGGUUCCUUUUGCAAGAUAUGUGGCAAGAAAUAACAUAAUGAAUUUAAAACGAUACUGCAUUGAACGCGUGUUCAGGCCACGCAAGUUAGACCGAUUUCAUCCCAAGGAGCUGCUGGAGUGUGCCUUCGACAUUGUCACCUCUUCCACCAAUAGCGCCCUGCCCAGCGCCGAGGUCAUCUAUGCUGUCUAUGAAAUCAUCCAGGAGUUUCCGGCACUGCAGGAAAGAAAUUACAGUAUUUACUUGAAUCACACCAUGUUGUUGAAAGCAAUACUCUUGCACUGCGGGAUCCCAGAAGAUAAGCUCAAUCAAGUCUACGUGAUUCUGUAUGAUGCGGUGACAGAGAAGCUGACGAGGAGAGAAGUGGAAGCUAAAUUCUGUAAUCUGUCCUUGUCUUCUAAUAGUCUGUGUCGGCUCUACAAAUUCAUUGAGCAGAAGGGAGAGCUGCAGGAUCUAAUGCCAACUAUCAAUUCCCUGACGAAACAGAAGACAGGCGUUGCGCAGCUGGUGAAGUACGGCUUGAAAGAUCUGGAGGAGGUUGUUGGCCUGCUGAAGAAACUUGGCAUCAAAUUACAGGUCCUGGUCAACCUGGGCCUGGUCUACAAGGUGCAGCAGCACAGCGGCCUCAUCUUCCAGUUUGUGGCCUUUAUUCGCCGGAGGCACAGGGCCGUGUCAGAGAUCCUGGCAGCUGGCGGCAGAUACGACCUGCUGAUCCCCCAGUUUCGAGGACCCCAGGCGCUGGGGCCAGUUCCUGUUGCCAUUGGCGUCAGCAUCGCUAUCGAGAAGAUCUUGGCUGCUGUCCUCAGCAUGGAAGAACCUGUUACAAUAAGCUCCUGUGACCUCCUGGUUGUCAGUGUUGGCCAGAUGUCCAUGUCCAGGGCCAUCAACUUAACGCAGAAACUCUGGACAGCGGGAAUCACAGCAGAAAUCAUGUACGACUGUUCACAGUCCCAGGAGGAAUUGCAGGAGUACUGCCGGCAUCACGAAAUCACCUACGUGGCCCUCGUCUCCGACAAAGAAGGAAACCACGUCAAGGUUAAAUCUUUUGAGAAGGAAAGGCAAACAGAAAAACGUGUGCUGGAAUCUGAUCUGGUGGAGCAUGUUAUGCAGAAACUGAGGAACAAAGUCAGUGAUGAAAGGACUGGUGCCAGAGAAGCUUCCGAUAAUCUUGCAGUACAAAAUCUGAAGGGGUCAUUUUCUAAUGCUUCAGGCUUGUUUGAAAUCCAUGGAGCCACAGUUGUUCCCAUCGUGAGUGUUAUAGCCCCGGAGAAGCUGUCGGCCAGCACUCGGAGGCGGUAUGAGAUGCAGGUGCAAACUCGACUUCAGACCUCUCUGGCCAACUUACAUCAGAAAAGCAGUGAAAUAGAAAUUUUGGCUGUGGAUCUACCCAAAGAAACAAUCUUACAGUUUUUGUCCUUGGAGUGGGAUGGUGAUGAACAGGCUUUCAACACAACUGUGAAGCAGCUGCUGUCACGCCUGCCAAAGCAAAGAUACCUCAAACUAGUCUGUGAUGAAAUUUUUAACAUCAAAGUAGAAAAAAAGGUAUCGGUGCUAUUCCUAUACAGCUACAGAGAUGACUACUACAGAAUCCUAUUUUAAUCCUGUUCAGAUAGGAACUGAUACUAUGAAAUGUUGUACAUUCAUUAGAAUUCUAAGUUAACUUCAUUCUAAGCAGCUACGUACAAAGCUGGGCUUUGUCAGUUUUUCAUGUGCAAUAUAUUAUAAAAUUAUCUUUUUAAAUAUAAUGCUUUCAUA